CCACAGAAGACCUCAAAUUGAUACCCAAAACGCCACGUAAUUCACAAUGAACUCCAAUAUGCUUCGAACAGUACCACGCUCAUCGGCGCCAUUCCUGAGUCGCUCCUUCCAACAGCGAAGUCAAGUUCUCUCCCCAGUCCUCUCCCGCACCUACGCCGGCGAAACCACACGAGACUCGCCGAACACCUCCAACGUCGCAAACCCGCAAGCAAGCAAUGCAGAAGACCAGGAGGUUAACAAGAGCCGUGGAAAGGAGAGAGGAGAAACAGAAACAGGGGGCUCAACACAGAGCCCGGUUAGUAACCCUGCCGAGUCGGGGAUUGGAGGGCAGGAGGAGCAGACACAGAGCCAGGCGGAGAUGAAGCGGGAUCCGAGCGAGCCGGAUAGCAAGAAGAGGGAAGAGGUGCUGAAGCACGGACAGGGUAAGAAGUUGGAUCCUGCGGAUGAGUAA